AUGGUUGCCCUGCCACCUCCGUUCAGCGAGAUUCCACGAUUACAGUUGCUCUACAAUCGACCGGCAGACAUUGAACCGCUCUCGCGGCUCACUAAGGAGUUGAACAAUGGGACAUCUGUAUGGAUCGCGCGUGAAGAUUGCAACUCCGGGCUUUCAUUCGGCGGCAACAAAGUACGGAAAUUGGAGUAUGUUUUGGCGGAUGCAAUCGAACAAGGGGCAGACACUCUGGUAACCACCGGCGGCAUCCAGUCGAACCACAUGCGCCAAACCUCCGCGGCUGCGGCACGACUUGGGCUCAAGGUUGCUCUGUAUCCCAACACCCGUGUUGUAUCAAGCGAUGCUGAGUAUCAGUACGCUGGCAACAUUCAGCUUAACGAAAUCCUAGGGGCGGAGACUUUCCCAGUUGACACAACCGUGGACGAUGUGAUUGUAACUCUCAAGGAGCGAGGGAGCAAGCCUUAUCCUAUUCCACCCGGGGCAAGCACUCACCCUCUCGGUGGCCUGGGCUAUGCCAGAUGGGCCUUCGAGGUGCUGGAGCAAGAGGCGAAACUUGAGACGUCUUUCGAUGUCAUAAUCGUGGCCCUUGGUUCUGGUUCAACAUUGGGUGGUAUGGUCGCUGGUUUCAAGCUUGCGCAGAAGUUAGGUCUGAAAGGCUCCAACAAACGCUUGAUUGGAUAUUCGAUCUUAAGGCCACCGGAGGACGACGUGGCUGAAUCGGUCUUGAACAUUGCGAAAAAUACGGCCUCACAUAUCGGAAUCGAUCCAGAUGAUUUCACACGUGAAGACUUUGAAGUAGACUAUUCGUAUCUCGGUGGAGCAUAUGGUCGCCUUGACGAGCGGACGGCGAGUGGCAUCAAGGACCUGGCACGUUCAGAGGGCAUUCUGGUUGACCCUGUCUAUACGGGUAAAGCGUUCACUGGGCUAUUGAACACCGCAAGAGAAGGGGGGUUCAGCGGCAAGAAUGUUCUGUUUUGCCAUACCGGGGGUCAAGCUGCAAUUAGCGCUUAUCCAAAACUAAGAUAG